CAGCUCCAUCUUCACCUCCUCAACCCCUCCACCCUCCCUCUCUCUCUCUCUCUCCCUCCAUCUAAAUCUACUCUCUCUCACACAAUGGACUCAAUUCGCUCCCAUCUCCAAUCCCUCACCCACUCCCUCCCCACCCCCAUCGCCCACCUCGCCUCCUCCAUCCUCGGCCAGGACUGCUACUCCCUCCUCGUCCUCGAUCUCGCCUUCCUCCAACCCCCCCUCUCCGACAACACCUCCAUCUGUCUCAAAUUCGCCAUCUCAAAAGCAAUCGGCCUCGCCAUCGUCUUUGCCUCCUCCAUCGUCAAACUCCCGCAAAUCAUCAAACUCAUCCGCUCCCGCUCCGCCGUCGGCGUCUCCGUCUCCGCGACCUUGCUCGAAGCCGCCUCCUACCUCAUCAUGUUUGCCUACGCCGCCCGUCUCGGCUUCCCCUUCUCCACCUACGGCGAGCAAUCCUUCCUCUUCGUCCAGGACCUCAUCAUCAUCUGUCUUCUCCUCAUCUACUCCUCCUCCUACGCCUCCCUCGCAAUCAUCCCCCCCGCCUUCGCCCUCGCCACGUACUUCCUCGUCCUCGCCUCGCCCGGCCCCUCCCUCGCUACCCUGCAAGCCCUGCAAGCUGCCACCAUCCCGCUCAGUCUCGCAAGCAAGGUUCCUCAGAUUUUCACUAUCCUGCGCGAAAAGAGCACCGGUCAGUUAUCUGCCGUCUCGGCGGUCGCGUAUCUCCUGGGCUCGCUCGCAAGACUGUUUACGAUGGCCCAGGAGGUCGAUGAUCUGAUCGUCUUGACCGGCGCGGGAUUGGGUGCUGUCCUCAACUUUGUCUUGUUUGUCUUGAUGAUUGUGUACUGGAACUCUCCUGCAAAGCCACAAACGAGGCCUUCAGAAAAAGAGGAGUAAUAGUGAAAAAAUUGUGUAUAUAAAUGUAAUAUUGUAUAUCUGAUGUAUUGUACAUACAUAAAAACCACUCUACAUCCUCCGAGCAACCGGCACCCGCGUACUCAUAGCUACCUUCCGCACCGGCUCAUGCACAUCAAUCCCCUGAUAAACAUACCUCAAUAUCUGAUCCAAACUACACUCCAUCGCCUCCGCCCCUCCCUCCCCUCCACCCACCCCCCCUCCUCCC